CGCAUACCCUCCGCCAUGCGUCUCGGCGCCCUUCUCUCCGUGACGCUGCUGAGCACGGCCGCAACCGCAGCUUUCAAUGCCCAAGACACGAUCGACCGCGAUGUGGUGAUCCUCGGCGGGGGCGCAACGGGCACCUUUGCGGCUGUCCAGCUCCGCGAACAGGGCUACACUGUCGCCCUUGUUGAGCAAAAAAGUAAGCUGGGCGGCCACGCGGAGACGCUCUACCUGCCCAGUGGGGAUUAUGUCAACUACGGGGUCGAGGGGUACUUCAAUAACAAGAUCACCAAGGACUUCUUCGCGCAGCUAGAUGUGGACUACGAACCUCUCCUGCCAGGCGCCAUUCUGACCCAGCACGUCAAUUUUCGGACCGGCGAGCGCGUCCUGCCUGGUAACGAGCUGCUUACCACCACGGCCGCAGCAUUGCUGUACCGCGGCGCGAUCGAGCAGUUCAAUUAUCUGGCGCAAGGGCUGUAUGAUCUGCCCGAGGAGGUCCCUGAGAUCCUGCUGCGCCCGUUUCGGGAAUUUGUUGACAAGUACGCGCUAUGGGGCGCAGUUGACCUAAUAUUUACCUUCGCGGAGAAUGUAGGCAACAUGCUCGACAGGCCCACCCUCUAUGUGAUUCAGUACUUUGGCAUUCCGCACAUCGACGCCCUCCUCAACGGCGGGUACAUCCGCCCCAAAAAUGGGACGGACGUACUUUUCAACAAGGCUGCGAACUACAUUGACGAGGUAAACAACAUCUUCUACGACUCGAUGGCCGUCCGGACCACCCGCGACGAAACCGGGGUCGAGGUGGUCAUCCAGAACGCGCGGACCGGCGCGCAGAAACUGAUUCGCGCAAAGAAACUCCUUAUCGCGUUCCCACCUGUGCUGGAGAAGCUGGCCGGCUUCGACCUCACCGAACAAGAGUCUGCCCUGUUCUCCAAAUGGACAUACGUGAACUACUAUGCCGCCGUCCUAACCAACACUGCCGUCCCCAAUGACUUCAACAUCCUCAACACCGAUCCCACCAAUCAACCCGGCAGCCUGCCAACAACCCCUUUCAACUGGGCGCUCGAGUACUCCGGCGUCCCGGGCUACUUCAUGAACAAGAUCAUCGGCGACGCAAACCUGACUGAGGCCGAGGCGCGGGCCCUGAUCAUUGACGACCUAAAGCGGAUGAGCUCUGCCGGGACCUUCGGGAUCAAGGACGGCCAGGAGCCGGAGAUUGCAGCAUUUGCGUCGCACUCGCCCGAGACAUUGAUGGUUUCGGUAGAAGAUGUCAAAGGGGGAUUCUAUAAGAAGCUUUAUGGGCUGCAGGGCCAGGCUAGUACGUUCUACACGGGGUAUACGUUUUGUACAGAUUACUCGACUAUGUUGUGGAACUACACGAACACUAUUGUAGAUAGGAUCGUGCAAGAGCUUUAAUAAGAUAACUUAGUAUAUCGGAUGC